AUGCGUCUUUGCCAUUUUUUUGAUUUGUUUCCUUUUUUUUUUUUUUUUUUUGGCCGCCUUUUGCUUUAUUUUUUUGGCGUUGUUUUGCUUUUAGCUUUAAUAAAACGUAGUGAAAACAUGUGGCAUCGUGUUCGGGUUUGCGCAGUUGGCUCAACAGCAGCGCGGACGGAAGCGCCGAAAUUGGCAUCAAGCACAGCCCUGAUGGAGCAGAAGGCGGGGCUUCGGAAUCUGCAUCAGUAUCCCACCGCCCGGCAUAAAAGUUUGGUGAAAGACCGCAUCCGGUUUGCGAGGAACUGGUGGUUGACAGGCGGAAACAAUUACGAGUUGGUACACGAAGAGGGUCACGAGCGAGAGGCCACCGAGUGCUUUGCAGAGUACGCGCAGGAUUCAAGCAAUGAUGUUUACCUCUUCUCGACCAACAGACUGAGUGAUCUGCCGCCACGAGACCGACUGAACGCCAUUGUUGGCAUUAUGACCUCUCGCUGGAAGGUCAGAGAUAGCAACCGCGGCUUUGACAAGGCGAGACUGCUACUUCAAGCCUUGGAAUGCUUCAGCGAAAUGCGUCUUUCUGGGCAAAUUAAGGAAUUUGAGGAGCUCCCAGAGGCCGACCAGGACACUUUUUUGCAAUACGUUGAGGGAUGCUCCCGGUUUGCGCAGGCGUGUUCGCAUUCGCAUCCCAGUGCUGUUGCGAUUUUGUUACGUGUGGCCCAUAUUUGCGAGGAGAUGCGGUGUAGCGAAAAGCGUGACGAGAUUAUUCACGUGGCGGAAGGGGCGGCAGAGCGCAUGGACCGUGCAUAUGCCUUUAGUCGCCCUCAUGAUAAUUUGAAGAGACCUCCACCAUCACUGAUGGAGAAUGAGUCGGUGUUGCGACAUAAAAACCUUGAGGAAUUAAAGAGGCGGUUUAGGGAUAAGGCACCUCAUGUGCUUGAGAAACAACAACAGCCAGAGUACGUCCACAUUCACCGCAACAAGCGUCUCUACCUGCGCCCCAUGGAUGCGAGUAGAAAAGAGUUGGAAAUGUUGAGACUUCCUGCACGACCGGAGUUUGAUUCGUGGACCGCGGACCAAAGGUAG